AUGUCAGGGAGCACUCAAAUCUACAAUUUCAAAAUUGAUAAUAGUCUUAUCAUAAGAAGCAUUCAAUUAGUUCAAACUUAUCUCCAAGAUGCAAAUCAUGAUUAUUUGGAAAAUGCUAGUCUUUUAUAUUUUAAAGAAUUGGAAAUGAAGCGUGAAGUCGAAUUUGUAUCUGAAUUAGAUUCUGAAGUCCCAAAUUUCGAACCAUUUAGAAAAGAGAUAGCUCAUCGCUUACUUUGUUUUCAUCAGUUUCUUGGUAAUACAGGUACAUUGAAUGAACCUAGACAUUAUGAUCAGGUUGAAUUAGAACCUCCUUUUAGACCCAUGAUGCUUCUUGAACGGUAUUUGGCGUUCAUUGCAAGAAGAUAUUUUAGUCAAUUUGAUACAUUUGAUGAAAUGCAGAUUGAAGCUCUAGUUAACAAAGUAUGCAGGAUAUUCAUCUACUCUCAACUAUUUGUAUUUCCCUUUCAACUGCCAGUAUGUGACAAACAAUGGAGCACAAUAGAUGCUCCAGACCCUAAUUUGAAUGUCCCAAAGAAUCCAAGUACUUAUUAUACAAGCAGCAGAAAAUUUCUUGAAACCCAUAGUCAGAUAAUACCUAAUGUGAUUGACGAGAUUGAUAAUAAGAUAGAAUCAGUAAAAGUAUCCUUCGUAAUGGGAAUUUGUCCACCAAUAACUGAGAUCCUUGAUGAAAGAUAUCACUUGAAAAGUACGGUUAUUCUGAAUGUAAUGAGAGGUAUAUUGGUACCAUUAAAAGACUUAUUAAGUUGGCACUAUGACGCAGAAUUAAUGUCACAAGUCUGCUAUGACAUUAUAUCAGCUCCUGAUUUUUGCAUUCAUGUUGGAUUUAGAAAUUCAAUGACUUACUUUGAUUUUCCAGUUGAAGUGAAUCCAAAAUUAAGUAUUGAUCCAUUAACUCAACAAAGAUUAGCAAAAAUCAAAUGCAGUAUACAAUGUCAUAAAUUCACAGAUUAUAGUCCUUCAUUAAUCAUGUAUAGACUGUUGUUGACUUAUUUUGAAAGAUACACUGCCGCGGAUAGUAUUAGAAUUGACAAAUUCCUUAUUGAUAAGAGUAUAUCAUUAAUACAUCAAUAUUCGACAGAUGUUAAGCAUAACUACUUAGAUCAAGCACCAUACAAUUUCAUAUUUAAAGAGCAAAGAAAUCAAAGAGAAAUAGAAUUCAAAAGUAUUGAAGAUUCAAGAAAAGUCGAUUAUCAAGGUUUCAGAGAAGAAAUUGGUAUAACCACUAAUAUAAGCACCAAUGAAUCAAGAGCAACAACUUCAGCAUUUACAGAAAAUAGAUCGUUCUAUGAAUCGUACAGGCAGUUAGAAGUUGAAAAUUUGAAUGUUGAUGAUAAAAUCCAGCUAGUCGAAUUGAGAGCAUUAGAGGAGCUAGAAUUCUCUGAUAUUGGAUUUGGUGCGGGAAAUACAAGAAAUGAACUGGAAUUACUAGGAGUUUUAUGUGAUAGAGAGUCAAUUAUAUUUAUCAAAUUAGAAGAUGAGCUACCUGUCCUUGGAAGUGAUCCAUUAACUCUCAUAAGAACAGCUAAACUUAAAUGUAAAGUUACUCAAGCAGAUAAGAACAAAAUUGAUAAUAUUUUGAAAGCAAUGAAGCUUACCGAUGCUGACAAGGUUGAUGUGGAAAUAGGUAAAUACAAUUUCAUUAAAGCAGAGUGGCAGACUCGCUUUAAACAUUUUGAAGCCGUUGGAGAUUACCUCAUCCGAAACGAUGCACCAGACAUCAAAAUUCGAAAAGAGUUUCUCCUUGACUUCAGAGCCACGGAAGUAAAUUUCAAUCAAAGUAUCAAUGAGGAGGAUUUUUCAAAUUUAUUUGCAAUUCAAAUUAAUGAACCGGAUAAAGUGGUUCAUCAUUCAAAGGUAAAUAACAAUGGGGUAAACUUAGAAAGGCCAGUAUCAAAAGAAGGUCGAACAGAAACAACCAAUGCAACUCCUUAUUUAUAUAGUUCGGGUUUAAUCGAUUGGCCUAGUCGAAGUGGUAGAUCUGGUCAUGAAAGAAUCUGUGGAUUCUUUCUUUUGAUGGACCAGGUCCCACAAAAUUAUCCAUCAUCUGAGUUUGAGUAUCAGAAUUUAGCUGCAAUUUCUUUGAAAUCAAUCCAUGAACGUGGUCUUAUACAUGGUGAUAUCAAAUAUCAAAAUUUUAAAUAUGACGCUACAAAGCGUAAAGUUAUAUUCUAUGAUUUUGGACUAUCUAGAUUUGAUAUUCAAAGAUUUAGUAAAAAAUCUGCUGCACUACUUGGUCUGACAAAAGCUCAACAAAAGGAAGAACUUGUAAAAUUAAAUGAAGCGGUAGCUGAUGCUUUCAGAUAUCGCUAUUCUGGUACAAAUAGCCAGGUAUAA